AUGGGCCUUCCUUCAGGCCCACUGCACCAGCUGUCCCAUUCAGUGUCCCCAGGGUCCCCCCUCGCACAGGGUGUGGUGGCUGAGGAUGCGGACCCCACCCAGGGGCUGGCUGGCUGGCACACACGACCCCCUGCCCUGCUCCGCCAGCGCCCACGCUGGACACCUGGCCUGGCGUUGCUGCCCAAGGCGCCUCAGGUUCGCAGCUGGCGAGGGGCAGUUGGGGGCAGCAGACUGCUCUCUCUCAUCCCUGUGGGCAGGGCAGGGUGUGAGCUGACCGACACCCUGGUCCGGGCUGGCUCAGAAACUCCUGCUGCUGUGGGGUGUGGAAGCUCCUCCCGCCUGCAGGGAGGUGGUCGCCUGCUGGACGCCCCGCCCCCAUGUCCACCCACAGUCCACUCUGCACGGCAGCUCCACCCAAGCAGGGCCUUUGCACUUGCCGUUCUGGAAAGCUCUUCCAGUUACCCGAGUGCCUUCCUGACCUCCCCACUGACCUCCCCACGCUGCAUUCUCCAUCCCCUGCCUCACUUUACUAAGUGCUGUGGGUUCUGCAGGCGACCUGGCGAGCCUCCCCUGGACCUGGGCAGCAUCCCCUGGUUGGGCCACGCCUUGGAGUUUGGGAGAGACGCGGCCAGCUUCCUCGCUAGGAUGAAGGAGAAGCACGGCGACAUCUUUACCGUGCUGGUGGGGGGCCGGCACGUGACCGUGCUCCUGGACCCCCACUCCUACGAGAGGGUGGCGUGGGAGCCGCGCUCCCGGCUGGACUUCCACGCGUACGCCGCCUUCCUCAUGGAGAGGAUCUUCGACGUGCAGCUCCCGCACUACAGCCCCACGGAGGAGAAGGCCCGGAUGAGACCGACGCUCGUCCACAGAGACCUGCAGGCGCUCACGGAAGCCAUGUUCACCAACCUCCGCUCCGUCCUCCUGGUCGACGCCACAGAAGGGGCCAGCGGCUGGCGGGAGGUGGGCCUCCUGGACCUCUGCUACGGCUCUCUGCUCAGGGCCGGCUACCUGACCCUGUAUGGAGUGGAGGCGUCCCCACGCACCCCGGAGAGCCAGGCCCAGGACAGAGCCCACUCGGCCGACGUCUACCACACCUUCCGCCAGCUGGACCUGAUGCUCCCCAAGCUGGCGCGAGGCUCCCUGUCAGUGGCCCUGUGGACCCAGCGCAGGACCACAGCCCCACCUGUCCCCAUGCGGCCCUCCUGUGCUCCCGAGGGAGGAGUGGGGGCCGCAGGCUGCGGUCAGCGCACAGAGACCCGCGCCGCACAGGCCCUGCAUCAGGACGUGCAGAUCCGCAGCCCUGCACCGGCCCGGUGGGCGCUGAGAUCGUGCACAGUCACGUCGGGAAACAUGGGGCCUGCUGCCUUCUGGCUCCUCCUCUUUCUUCUCAAGAAUCCCGAGGCCCUGGCUGCCGUCCGCGGGGAGCUGGAGCGCGUCCUCUGGGGAGCAGAGCAGCCCGGCUCACAGAUGACCACCCUCCCGCAGAAGGUGCUAGACAACAUGCCCGUGCUCGACAGUGUGCUGGAUGAGACCCUCAGGCUCACAGCUGCACCCUUCAUCACCCGGGAGGUGGUGGUGGACAUGGCUAUGCCCAUGGCCGAUGGGCGGGAAUUCUCUCUGCGACGUGGUGACCGCCUCCUCCUCUUCCCCUUCCUGAGUCCCCAGAGAGACCCUGACAUCUACUCGGAUCCCGAGACGUUUAAGUACGACCGGUUCCUGAACGCCGACGGGUCGGAGAAGAGAGACUUCUACAAGGACGGGAAGCGGCUGAAGCACCCCAGCGUGCCUUGGGGGAUGGGCCACAACCAGUGCCUGGGCAGGGGCUACGCCGUCUGCAGCAUCAAGCAGUUCGUGGUCCUGGUGCUGACGCACUGCGACCUGGAGCUGGUCCGCGCAGACGUGGAGGUCCCCGAGUUCGACCUCAGCAGGUACGGCUUCGGCCUCCUGCAGCCGGAACUCGACGUGCCUGUGCGGUUCCGCGUCCGGCCCUGACCUGCGCGCCUCUGCCUUCCUGCACCGCAUCGCCCUCUCCUGCUGCUCCAGAGGCUGUGUCCACUGAGGGGACGAGGGGCGGGAGCGGCAAAGGACACAGCAGGAAAGACCGCAGAGGCUCGGGCCGCUGCAGACCUCAAGCCGCAGCCGGACUCCUCCUCCCCGGCUCGCCUUGCUCCUGUCACCUGGUGAUGUCCCCUGAAGCUAAUCCAGACAGGGCAGGGCCAUGAGUCCUGCUGCCAGGCCCCCAGCUCCACGGUGGUCCCUGUCCCAGCCCUUGACAACUAGUGUGGUCCAGGCCAAGCCGGUCAAAGCAGAUGCUGGCCUGGAGAGGCCCCUUGGACCCAGCAGUGUGUCCACAGCGCAGCUCUGUCCCGAUUGCUAAGGCGUCCCUCAGGACCCCUCCCUCCCUGGGUGCCCCACUCACUGGACAGAGUCCCCCCACCGUCCACGGGACACCUGAGAGACAGAAGGAUCUCCGAGGAGCGGCAGCCGGGUGUGGUCCCUAGGCCUCGCGGAGCGCUGGGCUCUGGGAGAGUCCUCUGAUGUGGGCUUCCCUGCCACGGGGACCAGGAGACAGGCCCCAGGUGGCUGAGGAGCCAGCGCACGGGAGGGGCUGAGCUCCUGAGCCGACCCCUGCCGCGCACUGUCCACCGCAGGCGGUUUCCCUGGCCGACACUUCAGAGACCCUGGACUUGGUCUUAGUCUGAAUCCCUCCGUCUGCGGGAGGCAGUCCCACGUCCAGCUCUCCUGACACCCGGGCGCUCCGCAGGGCACCGCGCAGGAGCCGAGUGCUGCCCUCUGCCUGGCCGGGCCUGGGAUCUGCUCCCCCAGCGUCGGGCUCCGGCUCUGCCUCUCGGUACCUUCUGGCCCCGAGGGCACCUGAGUCUGAGGCUCCCAGAAGUGACGUCACAGGAGCAGAAGUGACGUCAGGGAGCUGGUGGGAACCAGCCGACUGACCUGCCUGCACUGGCCUUUGAACAAGCAGGUCGGUGAGGAAACCAACCUUUGCCUCAGAAAAACAGCCUGUGAACCCUGAUGGUGGCCGCAGGUUCUGCUCAUCGGAUGCCCCUGGGGUGCUGUGGCGGGCCAGCAGACACGGGUUUCUGUUCCUUACAAUGUCUCUGUGAAGAGAGGACGGUGAUGCCCUCUUUGUACAUGGGAAAGCAGGCUCAGAGAGGUGCAGUGGGUUUCCUGGGGUCACACAGCUCAUCAGCUGGUCGAACUGGGACCACACUUCUUGUUCUAGGAGCAAAUGGUGGAUGGGCUCAUGUUCCUCGGGGUCCAGGGCUGGUGGGGUGCCAUUCUGUCUGGCCUUGGAGUGCCCAGAGCCAGAGGCUUGAGUGUGCAUUCACACCCUCAGACACAGACACAGACACAGAGCUAGUCCUCUGGCUUUAGGUGGACAGGAGAGGCCCCAGGGGUCCGUCCCUUCCUGGAGCAGUGCGGGUGUGGGGCUUCCCCAGCCCUCUGUUGCCAGGCAGCCCCAGAUUCCCAGACAGACGGUGUGAUUGGCAGGAGGCUGGAUAUCCCCGGGGGACCCAUCUCCACGCCUGGGUGACCCGCCGCCGCCUGCUUCUUAACUCUGCAGGAAAUCAGAGCCGGCAGCCUCCUGUGGGAGGACGACCGGUUUCCAUGGCAACCCCCGCUGCCGCCUCGCUGCUGGGGGGAAGGAAGGAGGCCAGCGGAAGAGCCCGGAGCUCCCCGGCUGCAGCCUGGCGUGUGCGCGGGGGACCCCCCCAGGCUGGGCCGGGCUGUCCCCGAGGCUGGGCCGGGCUGUCCCCGAGGCUGGGUUCUCUCCUGCCUUCAAAGAAGGGCCGGUCCCUCCUCCUUGGAGCAGGUCAUGGGAACGGCUCCUGGAGAAGAGGCUCCCCCGCGGCCCAGGCGCUGGAGCAGGGGUCAACUGCUCUCGCUUCACUCUUUAGAAUUUUUCUCGACUUUUCUUUUCUCCCUUUUUUCCCUUUAGUAAGUGCUGGCUGCAGGGCCAGGAAGGCCCGGGCCUCGCCCUCCUCCUGCCUCCC